AUGUCUUCAGGCCGUCUUCAGGAAUACGAGGUCAUUGGGCGCCACUUGCCCACCGAGGCUAACCCUACUCCCGCCCUCUACCGCAUGACCAUCUUCGCUCCCAACGAGACGGUCGCCAAGUCCCGAUACUGGUACUUCUUGCGCGGUCUCAAGAAGGUCAAGAAGGCCACUGGUGAGAUCGUCAGCGUCAAGACUAUCCACGAGAAGCACCCUCUCAAGGUGAAGAACUUCGGCAUCUGGAUCCGAUACGACUCUCGUUCCGGCACGCACAACAUGUACAAGGAGUACCGUGAGCUGUCCCGAACAGAUGCUGUCGAGUCUCUCUACUCCGACAUGGCUGCCCGCCACCGUGCUCGUUUCAGGUCCAUCCACAUCCUCCGCGUCGUCGAGAUUGAGAAGACCGAGGACAUCAAGCGACCCUACAUCCGCCAGCUGACCCAGAAGGGACUCAGCUUCCCUCUCCCCCACCGCAUCACCAAGGAGAACACCAAGAAGCUCUUCAGCGCGAAGCGACCUUCCACUUUCGCUUAG